AUGGGCACCGGGAGGACAGUUGUGUUGUGUUUUGGUGUCCGCCGUAAGGGGGGUCCGAGUUUCCCCAACUUCGUGAACCUGCCGCCCACUUACCCCAUCACUGGCAUCGGUUCCGUAUACGACACACGAGUGGUGCGCAAGAGACAGGUGCCCGACCUUAACCUCCCAUCCCUUGAACGCCAGGAAGCCCUGAAAUGGGCUGAUUGGCGGAUGUUGAGGGACUGCCGCCGAAGGAUUAUCUUCUCGCGAUAUCACCCGCAGAAACAGAUCCUCUACACCAUCCGUAAGAGUAAACUAUUGCCGUCAAAUAUCAGGGAGUUGGCUCACGAGGAGAACCGGAGCCUUCCGAGAGACGCACUCAUCCAUCAUCUGACCAAUCGUUGUAUCAUAAGCUCGAGAUCCAGAGGCAAAGUGCGGAGAUAUAAGUUGAGUCGACACAUGUUCAGAGGAGUCCUCGUUUGGGAUCCAAACGAUGUGAGUUAUUUAAGAAAAAUACACCGAAUUGUGGGCUCUUUUGUUGGAUCAAUGCCUGGGUCACUGAAGUGUCAAAUACUAGACAUGAAUAUCGAUGUCUUGGAGGCCGAGGCCCGGCAGACGGCUAUCAAACACGUGUCAAAUAUGCUUCAAAGACCCGAUCAGUUGGAGAAAGUGGACCAAUACAAGAGACGGGUCAUACGCAAGAAGACAUCGGUGGAGGGGAUGCUGAAGACGGCGAUGCAGACACAGUUGGAUGGCGUGCGGACGGGUCUCAUACACCUGCAGACAUCACAGCAAGACAUCCAUGAAAUAAAAAAGACACUCAAAGAAGUGGAGGACACCUUCCCAGUCGUCCCAAAUCUGGUCGAGAAGUUAAAGCUCGUGAGGGAGGAGUCGAUGAAACACUCGCAAUACGUGGCGGCGAUGGAGAACUUGAAGCACAUCUUCAAUGUUCCCGAAACGGUUCAGAAGACACGGGACGCCAUCGCUGAGAGCGACCUACUCAUCGCUCACCAGUAUUUAACAGACUUAGAGAACUCGAGGGACGACCUCCUCUUCGAACUGCACAGACUUCCGGCCACUUCUACGGCCGACAAGAAUAUGUUGAAACACUAUUACUCCGAAGUGGAGAAGUUAUCGGAAGAGUUGGGCAAACAGUUAUGGCUUCUCAUAAGACUUACCCUAAACUCUGUGCGUAAGGAACCGGCGGUUAUCGUAACGGCGCUCAGGAUUAUAGAGCGCGAAGAGAAGACCGACGCCAUGGCUCUGAAGCGGGCCGACACCACGGGCUUUAUGCCGACCGGUCGGCCCAAACAGUGGCGAAAACGAGUGUUUGAAAUACUAGAAGAGGCCAUAUCUGAGAGAAUAGCCGGCAAUCAGUUCCACGACAGACACCAGAACAAGAUGUGGCUCGUCCUGCAUCUGGAAGUGACUCGCAUUCUGUUCAUCGAAGACUUAAAAGUGGUGACACAGGCGUGCGUUCCGUGCUUUCCUCCGCAUUAUAAUAUAGUCCAAGAGAUGCUUCAUUUGUAUCACAAAUGUCUGAGUAGUCAUCUGCAAGAGUUGGCCAAUGAGUUGGAGGGCAAUGAAUACGUAACUCUUCUCAAUUGGGUUCAGGCCUACGAGGGGCCGGAACUCAUGGGACACAACGACUUGAAGUUUGAUAUCAAAGCAGAAGGUCUUCCUCCGCUUCUUCCCAAACCAGUUGUCGACGACUUGACGAACAAAUACUUAGCGACCGUCGAGAAGAACUACAAGGAAUGGCUGAGCAAUACGAUUGCCCGCGAAGUCAAGGACUGGAGCGGCAAUAAUCAGCCCGAAUGUGAUGAGUCCAGACAUUAUCAGACAACCACUCCUGUCAUUGUCUUCCAAAUGAUUGAUCAACACCUACAAGUGGCCCGAACUGUCAACAAAGCUCUGGUUAAUCGGGUGCUCAUCAUAAGUAUGGAUCACUUGUCGGCUUUCGCUAAGCAAUACAAAGAUGCUGUUAAUCGGUACUCAAGGUCUCACUUCGAGAGUCGGAACCCACUGUUCACUCCUAAUAUGAUCGCAAUCACAAACAAUUGCUUGAGUUUUACGGAAAUCGCUGUCAAUUUCAGACAGGAAUACAAAAGCGAUAAAAGUAUUACAGAUAAUGAAGCGAAGAAAGUGUUCGAUAAUGUCGUCAACUCUUUCGAGAGACUCAAAGAGGAGAGUAUCGGACAUUUAUUAUACGAGAUAUUCCUCGAUGUGGACAAAGAGAUCAUGAAAGUUGGGUCGCAGGAGUGGAUGGAGUCUAAGAUCAGUGUUAUUGAGAACAUAUGUCUAACACUUGAGGAUUAUUUCCGAGAUUAUGAAUAUCUUAAAGAGGAAAACUCGGAUAGACUUAAGAUUUUACUGCAAAACAGAUUAGCGAAGGGAUAUAUUACAGCGAUUCUGCAAAAAAAAAUGCAAUUAAAAAAUCAAAGCCAAAGAGAAAUAUUCUCUAAAAAGUUCAUCAGAGAGGGAGAGAUACUAAAGGCAGCCGUCGCUAAAUUGCCCACAAAAUUAAUCGCUAAACAGACGAAUGACUCGCCGUUUGAUUGUUUACCACUUUUGGCGGAACUAUUAAAACUCAAAGACUUGAGUCUCUUAUUCCUUGAAGUGUCGGGUUUAGUGAAGAAGUAUCCGGACAUUAGAGUCGAGCAUUUGGUGGCCUUAUUAGGCCUUAGAGAAGAUAUGCUUAAAACUAAUGUCAAGAAACAAGUGGAGGAUAUGAUGUCAGAGUACGAGCUCACAAACGAUGUCCAAACCAUCUUCUCGGAGAUCACACUCAACUCAUAAUUACAAUCAACGGUAUGGACAGGGAUUGAGUGGACAGUUAGCGCGCGUCGAACACAAUCACUGCAAAUAGGGAUUCAAUUAACGAUUAAAUACUAAAACUAUUUAUUCAACUAUUUUUAUAAAUAACAUGAGAUUUAAAAACUAUUUUGUUUGCAAACUUUAUACGGCUUUAUAAACAAU